AUGGCAGCUGUGAAUACUGUCCCCACUUCCUGCAAGCUCAUUCAGGUUGCAAGCAGUAGUCCAGCAGCCCUCCCCAAUGACCUCAUCUCCUUUUUCACAAGGUUUGAGACAGAUAACAUUCAGCUAAAGGAAGUUCUCUCCAAAUUCAAACCUGGUGACUCCUCCCUCACCAUUAACAUAAAGGAUUUGGUGGGAGCCCUCAAGAAGACAAAAGUUAACACAGCAACAGGCCCGGAUAACAUCAGUGGUCGUACUAUGAAGUACUGUGCUGAGCAGCUGUGCGGCGUGUUCCAGUUGUUCCAGAGAUCCCUGGAUGAUGGCACAGUCCCCCAGCUGUGGAAGGAUUCCAAAGUCCUGGAUAAGUAUGGUGAAAAUACCUGGCUGGGAAACAGACGCCGAAGCACAGAGUCAGUGCCAGGAGAGUGGCCUGUGUCCUACCAUGGGACAUCAAAGGAAGGUGCUGAAGGCAUCAUCGAAGGAUUCUACAAGCCAGGAUCAGGUGAUGUGUAUGGCAGGGGGAUUUAUUCUACUCCAAACAUCACUGAAGCGAGAAAAUACGCCAAGAAAUUCACCUCCAAAAAUGAUGGCAAGAGAUACAAAGUGGUUCUGCAGAAUCGGAUCAACCCUGCAUACAGAAAGAAACACAGAAAGAACAGAGAUUACUGGCUGGUUCCCAUCUCAAAGGGGAAAUCGGUGACAGAAGUGCAGAAGAUGGUAGAGAGGGCCAUCCGUCCUUAUGGCCUUCUGGUGAAAGAGGUCUAACAGGGCGAGAAAGGUCACAAGAAAACCCACAAAUUUGGCCAUGUAUUUUUUUGGUUAGCUUUAUUUUGAAAAGAAAGUGAGUGUGUUGUCUUUAAAGCAUAAACUGUAUCAUUGCAAAUCCAUACAAAAUAUUCUGAUGUUGUCAGAAACAAUGAUGUCUCAUUUGAAUAUAUAGAUAUAUAGAUGU